AUGGCCUGUGCUGGACAAUGUACCCCCAAUACAAGCUUCACUGCUGCUGAUGGCUGUAAUCAGUGUUACUGUCCUGCUAGUGGUUUAAUCAGCGACGCAGCAUGUACUGAAAGACUGUGUAUACCUUCCGAAGAUAGAUGUACACCAGGUGAAACAUUCAUGGCUACGGAUGGUUGUAAUCGUUGCAUUUGCCCAGCGAAUGGUCUUGCUUGGGGUGCUGCAUGUACAUUAAUGGCAUGCAUUGUUGAGCCUUCUAUCUUGGUGGAUCCUAUUCCCAUUUCACUUAUUCCUAUCUCUACCACUUUGUAA